AUGACUGAACAAAUUACUGAUUUAUCCAAAUUAAACGUCCUUGUAUUCGGUGGUACUGGUGGUCUUGGAAGAGCAAUUUCUCAAAAUUUAGCAUCAAGAGGUGCUCAAGUCACAGUUAUUGGACAAACUUUUAGAGAUUCUGAUAUUAAAAAUAUUAAUUUUAUUAAAACUGAUUUAAGUUCAAUUAAAUCAUCACAAAAUUUAGCUCAUGAAUUAGAUGUAACCAAUGUUGACCUAGUUUUAUUUACAACUGGUAUCUUAGCAUCAAAACAAAAACAAGAAACUUCAGAGGGGUUAGAAAAAGAUAUGGCUGUUAGUUAUCUAAAUCGUUUAUCAAUCCUAAAAAUCUUAUUACCAAAAUUACCAAAAUCUACUAAUCAUGGGUUUAAAGGUUCAAGAAUAUUCAUCAUGGGAUUCCCUGGUAAUAAUCAAUUAGGUUCUCCAAAAGACUUGAACCAAGAUGAAACAUAUCAUUAUUGGACUACACAUAUGAAUACAGUUGCAGGUAAUGAAUCCCUAGUAACCUCGCUCUCAAAGACAUACCCCCAAGUUAAAAUCUUUGGAUUAAAUCCAAACCUAGUCAAGACAAACAUUCGUUCAAAUUUAUUUGGUGAUGGUUAUUUGGGAACUGCAUUUGAAUCAGUCCUUGGUUGGUUUACUAAUACUCCUGAACAAUAUGCUAAUGUUAUAACACCUCUUUUAGUUUCACCAGAAUUGAAUGAUGAUGAUGGUGGGUUUUAUAAUCAUAAAGGUCAAAAAAUUCCUGGUUCAAAAGGAUUGGAUAAAGAAUAUGCUGAUGAGUUUAUUGAUGCUAGUGUUGAAGUUUUGAAAAAGAAGGGUAUUGAUGUUUAA